AUGCCAAUCGCGUUUCCGCUCCGUUUGCCACUCUGUUCUCUUUGACAUUCUAGCGGCUCUCUCAAUGCGUUACAUUAUAUUUGGAGCGGGAGAAAGCUAGGGAUGUGAUCGUUGACUAUAUGUGAUAUGUGAUACUUGUACUCAGGUUACGCAAACUUUGCAUUGGAAUUCGAUCGCCAACUCACUGGCUGACAACCUUCCGAAGGGGCCUCUUCAACAAGCGGGACCAGCCUGGAGUUGCCCAGUACACAAACAUGGCUGGGCGUAACUGUUACGUUCUCCUGUGUGUCCUUUUCGUUGUGAUGAUCCCAAUUUGCACCAUCAUAGCUCUCGUGAUGUGCGGAAUUUUCGUCGCAGCUCCGGCACUGCAAGGAAUCAAAAUGUUGCCGACGGAGUGUACCGUCGUGUCGUCGGGUAUUGUCGGGGAGGAGGUUUCGUGCCGGUGUGGGGGGACCAGGUCCCGCCCGUGUUUCUCCGACUUCCCGUGUCUACAGAUCAACGUCACGUAUCUAACAGGCAGCGGGGAGAAUAUUACCAGUCUUCUGGUGGACACUCAGGACAUUAUGGGAUAUGCUCGACAGUGUGCGGUCCGAACGUGCGUUGCUAGUGAGAUCUCGAACAGUCUGUCUGUGUCGUCGUACAAAAGAUACUGGGGACAAGAGGGGAUGACGUACCCAUGUUACUAUGAGGAUGGGAACGAGAGGGAGGUUUCCCGUACAGUUGUCAAAGCCAGCAAAUGGUUGGUCUUCCAUGGACUCUUCUGGCCGUUGCUGAUCUUGGUGCUUAGCUAUGCGCUUGGGUACUUUUUCUGUUUAAAGUGUAUUAGGCUUGAAGAAUAGACGUCUGGUGUGUGGACGAUUUUGAAAUACUAUUAGCAAAUCUAGAUCCUACUUGUACUUAUCUAUGAGAAAUGAUUUUUUAAUAUGCAAUUUCUACACAAAGGAAUGAAGCUCACCUAAAUCAUAGCAUCGGUCGUUGUGAAGCAAUGAAUUUAUCCACAGAUUUUGUGGUGUAUACACAAUAUAGUACACACAAAGGUGUUACAUCUAGGUAGACUAUAGCGACCCCCGUCUCUAUUUGAGAGUGGUCACAUGACUCUAACUGUACUUUGUUGCAAUAGUUAUGAGGUACAAGCAUUACACAAUAUUUAUUACAAAAAAAUAUGUUAUGUGCACAAAUAGUGUAAAUGAUUAUGACGUUGUUGCGUUACUUGAAAUAAAACGUCAUUUUACUCUUGAGACUUA